CCACUGGAAUCUGAAAUCUGAAAUCCGCAUUUUAAUUUCUUCUUCCAAAGGAAGCUGUCGAGGGAUUACUGAUUGAGACGAUGUUCGGGAGAAUCAGAUCGUCUUCUUCAUUGGAUUCCUUGGAGCGGCCGCCUUCCAAGAUUCUUAAAGAUGAUUGUCUCUCCAUCUAUGAGACUACCUUAAUGAAGCUUAAACACGGUUCUCAACAUAACUCAAGUCCACCCAUAAAGGAAGAUGCCUUAGAGGAUGGAGAAAUUGAUUCUAACUCAAGUUCAUCGUGCAAUGAGGCAAUGAACACAGAGGCAUGCACAAGUUUUUCUAAGAAUUCUAAUGAGUUAGCCGAGUCAACUAAAGAAGAUUUCAUGACUGUAGAUUCAGAUUAUUCGACUACAAGUAUUACCUCUACACCUGAAAUUUCUGAGAAUUGUCAAUCAACAGAAUAUUCAACACAGCGCAGGAUGAAGAACUCUAUUCUUUACCUAUUCUCUAAAUUCAAGAAUUCUCCAGGAAUUUCAACAAUCAUGGAGGAGCCAAUGACAACGGAAGACUUCUGUUGUGUAGUUAUAUCACCGAGUUCUAGUGCAUCUCAGUCUACAUCCAAUAUCGAGCUACAUUCAGAGCAAGAAUCCAUUGGUUUGUCGACAAUGUUACCGGAAGAGGUUCUAUAACUUGGUGGCAUGAUCAAACAUUAGCCAUUCCAGAUUCAGUCCCCUCUGGCAAUGAGUUUUCAUUCACAUCUUCAAAAUCUGUUUAAAUCAUGUUGUAAUGGCCACUAUGCAGAAUGUAGGGGAAAUGUAUAAUUAUUAUAUCUGAACAUGAGCGAAAUUAUGAUGUGACUGAUUUUUUCUAAUUCACCAGUUAUGAUGAAAAUUUCUUUGGAGUCUUAACAUUCAAAA